AUGGCUUCACACCACGAGCUCAACGUCCUAGUCCUCUCGCUUCUCACACAAACCAACACCGUUGCCCUACCGAACCCGUACGCGAAGAAUCUACACGAUCUCGACGAGAACGAAUCCGCACAGGCUCAGUCGACACCAGAACAUGAUACAAAUGAGCAGAUUGCGACGGAUAUCGCGGAGUACAAGACACAGAAUGAGGAGAUGCGGAAGCUCAACAACCGCAGGACUGAAUUCCGUGAUUUGACGGUCAGACAGUUAGAAUGGACCAAGAGCCUCAACCACGAGCUCGGUCAGAAGAGCCGCCGUCUAGAAGAGCUCGAUCAGAAGAACCUCCGUCUAAAAGAGCUUGAAGCCGAGACUUUAGCUCUUCGGAUGCGCCCUACAGAGGAGGAUCUCGACGCUGCCAUCCAGGCAAAAGCUUUCAUGCAAGAAGAUCUGGACUUCCACCGGAGAAUCACAGCAGGAUACCAAUUGAGGCCCUCAAGAAAGCAGUAUGACGAUGCCAUUGGAGCCAACAACGUACUGGAGACUCGUAUCUCUGAACUGGAAAAGAGACCAACACAACAGCGACUAGAGGAAGCCGUCAAGAGUGCUACCAGGUUGCUGCUUAACGAACUUGAACAGCGUCCGACACAGCAGCACUUGGACGAUGCUAUCACGAACGCUGUUCGCCCGCUGAAGGAGCAGAUCUUUGAGCUAGAGAAGAGGCCAACACAACAGAUGCUGGAGGAUGCGGUCGAGAAAAAGACCAGUCCCCUUGCAAUCAAUAUCGCUACCCUCAAGCAGCGGCCCACUCAACAGGCCCUACAAGACGCCGUCACAAUCGCGAUUAACCCGUUGAACACCAAGAUCGCCACCCUCGAGCAGCGUCCCACUCAGAAGGCCCUACAAGACGCCGUCACAGACGCGACUGACCCGUUGAACACCAAGAUCGCCACCCUCGAGCAGCGCCCUACUCAAACGAUGCUUGCCGCAGCUGUUGCAACGGCCACUGGUCCGCUGAACACGCAGCUGACGCACCUCCGACAACGUCCCACCCAAGCGAUGCUUAACGCGGCUGUUGCAACAGCCACUGGUCCGCUGAACACGCAGCUGACGCACCUCCGACAACGUCCUACCCAAGCGAUGCUUGCCGCAGCUGUUGCAACAGCCACUGGUCCUAUAAACACGGAGCUGACGCGCCUCCGACAACGUCCCACCCAAGCGAUGCUUAACGCGGCUGUUGCAACAGCCACUGGUCCGCUGAACACGCAGCUGACGAACCUCCGACAACGUCCUACAGAGCAGAACCUACAAGACGCUGUAGCACAAGCAUCCGAACAUCUCAAUAACCAGAUUACUGAGCUCAAGAAGCGUCCCACUCAAGAAGACGUGGAUAAUGCCAUGGCCAACGCGACUAGGCCGCUGGAAGAGGAAGUUGUCUCGCUGAGACAACGCCCAAGCGCUACGGAUUUGGAGAAUGCUGUCGCAAACUCCAAGGCAGGACUCCAAGAAGAGUUACAGAAAAAGGUCGAUGAGAUCUCAGGUCUAGAGAAGCGGCCAACUCAAGAGAAGCUGGAGAGCGAGAUUGCUUCCGUCCGACAAGCUAUGGGACAUCAGCUUACUGAAGCGCAACUAUCCAUAUCUCGUCUUGAAGAGCGUCCAACACAACAACACCUCGAAUCUUCCGUCAGGGGAGCUAAGCAGCCCUUGGAGAACUCCUUGACUCUCUGCCGACAGGAUAGAGACCAUUGGAAGGAACAGUUCGAGGACGCCAAAGAAGCGAACAGAGUUGAUACGGACAAGAAGAACGAAAAAUUCCAGAUAGAGAUAAGAGAACUUGAGACCCGCGGAGAAGAGGCUAAGACCGCGUUGCAAGACAAGUUGCGAGAUGCGAAAGCAUCCAAUGAUCACACACUUGGAGUUCGAGACGAUACCAUCAGAAAGCUGACGAACGACGUUCUAUAUCAGAUGAAUAAAGAACAAGAACUAUCCGGGCUCUUACAAUCAAGAGACACUGAACUUGAACAGUUAAGAGUCGAUGCGCAUGUCGCUUUGAUCACCGAGCGCAAGCAGUGGCAAGCCGAAAAGAAAGAGCAACAGGAAACCAAGGAGAACCAAACUCAAUCGAACCUACGCCAGUUGUACCGGCGAUAUGCCUCAGCGGAAGAAGGCCGCAAACAUGCUUUACGAUGGAUGAAGAUCUCAUUCGCCGCGUUGUACACGAUAUGGGGCCAAAAGCAGGCCAUAAUGGAUACAACAGGCGCGCAACUUCGGCGGCAGCGGGAAGCGAUUGAGAAACUUGACUGUGCUGCUAGCGAGUUCCAGAAGACCCAACAUAGGCUCGAAAUGGAUCUUGAGGUCGCUGAGAAGCUUUACGAGGAGAUCAAGACUGCCUUGGCCAGCGCUGAAGGUGAUACUGCUGAGACCGGUCGAGCUCGCGACGACGCGCAAGAGGAGGUUCGCAGACUUACAGAGACUCUUCGCCUAUCACGAGAGAUGGUCGCAACCGGCGAAGCCAAGCUUGCAAAAACUCGUCAGUCUAUCACAGAAAUGGAGGCCAGAGUCAAAACAACUGAAGAUGCGACCUUGGCCGCUAACAGCAAGACCUCGUCGGAACUUACCCAGGUGACAGAACAACUUGCCAAGGUCAAGGAGGCAUCCAAAGCGGAUACCACAGGAUUCAACGCUUCCCUUGAGACAUCAAAAAGGGAGGCUAGCAAGCAGCAGCAGGCCCUUGAGCAGUUCAAGGCUGGAGUUGAGAAGAAGCGGGCAGCGCUGGGUAAAAGGCUCCAGGAUGUUGCACAUGAGAAGAAGCUGCAAGAGCCUGAUGAGCUUCUCACUGUUGACGAACAUCAGCUGUUGGUCGAUGUUCAACAAAAGAUAUCGGAGAUUCGGACACGUCACACGGAAGUUCUCGCCUACAACUUCAGACUGAAACAUCAGCGCUGCAGGUUGCUAGGCCUGAUAUACAAUCAUAUCGGUAUCGCUGCACCUUACAACAGCAAAGCUGAGUUUCAGAAGGAUUACGACGACUUGGAAGUAGCCAUGGAUUUACGGGUCAAACUAUGUCUUCAGUUCAUGGAAUUGGAAGAGAAGCUGCAGGAUGCGUGCCACGAAAAGGUAGCGUCUCUCGGUCGUGUCGUGGCACGACUGUUAGCUCAGAACAAGACACUCUCCGACCUAAUGGAAGCGCCUGUUCAAUGUGGAUGUGCGAGCACCAUCUCGGAUUUGGGCAACCGCGUCAGGGAUUUAGAGAAGAAACUUGGCGACUCCAUUGAGCAAACUAGACGGGCGGUUGGAAGGUAUCAAGCCACCACUAAAUCGAUGCUCAGAGACAUCGAGCUGCUACACAACGAGCUCACGACUGUCAGCGGCGCCUACAACAUGAUCAAACAGUUUGUGGACGACAAGGUCAAGACAGGAGCUCUGAGAUAG